CGUGGCAGGAGAAUAAUCCAUCUGUCUACCUCCAUGGUUCGAAACCAAUAUAGCAGAAGCACCCGCAUGGAUAGCUUUGAUUGCAUCUCUCGCUACAGUAUAAAAAUGUUGAAGCAGUUAAUGAAUGAAGAAGGAGGACAUGAUCGCGGUCUACCUAUUUUUUCUUUGUAUUUAUGCUGAUUUCAAACAGGCUUCUUCUACUAUACCGGAAAUAGAUGAACCAGGUUCUCCCUAUUACUGGCCUGACUAUGUUGCAAACUACAGUGAAAUAUACAAAGAGGAGUUGGGUGUCAACUUAAAUACAUUUGACAGCAAAAGAAAGGAACAAUACGAGAAAAAUUUGAUGUAUGUUAAAAAGUGGAAUGAAGAAUAUGAGCGUAGUCUACAUAAUUUUAAGCUGGGUGUGAAUUUUAUGUCUGCAAUGACUGAAGAAGAACAGGGUGCCCAUCAGAUGCUGAGAAUACCAGAUUUACAUAGUUAUAAUACAGAUGACAGCCAUUCCGUAUUUAAGUAUGUAAAUCGAGGCAAUGGAGAAAUCGAUGAUUUAUAUAAAGAAGUAAUAAAAAUUACUACAGACGGAGAUGAAAUAACGGAGGAAGCUAUUGAAGUCGACGUAAAUGAUUACCAAAACAAUUCUGUUAGACUAAAAGACUGGGGAGAUUUUGAUUGGAGGGACUUUGGUAUUAUAUCGCCUGUUCGAUACCAGGGAUCAUGUGGAUCAUGUUACGCAUUUUCAGCUCUCAACGCUAUAGAAGCAGGCUAUGCACUUAGAAAAGGGAAACUAGAAGAACUUAGUGUGCAAAUGGUAGUUGAUUGUUCAAAAAGAAGGGUGUUGGUGUUUAUGAUGAUCCAUAUUGUAGCGAAUUAUAUGGGCCCCUUACUCACACUGGACUUCUAGUUGGUUAUGGAACUGAAAAUGGUGUUGGUUAUUGGCUAAUCAAAAAUAGG